AUGACCUUCAAAGUCAACUUGAGACAAAGAACAAAGGAGAUCAGUGAACAAGUGUGGUAUAAGACCAAGGUUCCCAUGCAGGACCAGGUCCUCCAGCUGGGCUCAAAGACCCUAAAGUCCCAGAGAACUUUGUCAUCGUAUGGCAUCGACAAGGAGACAACCAUCCACUUCACCCUGAAGGUGGUGAAGCCCACUGAUGAGCAGCUGCCCUUGGUUUUGGUGGAGCCUGGUGAUGAGGAGCAGAGGCACGACCUCCAGGUACGAAGGUCCAGCUCAGUGGCCCAGGUGAGACAGGUGUUUCAGACUCAGAGAGCUGUAACGCCUAAGAAACUGAUUGUGGCUUGUUGA